GGGUUGUUGACAUUGUUUUCUCUUUUUGAUACCCUUACCUCCUCGUCUAAGCGAAUACCCACCACAAGAUGGCAUCCAACACUCCCUCCAAUGGCGCAAGCACACCGACUCAGUUCAACGAGAAGCAGGAUAUCGUUCACCCUUGUGCGCACUGCCAUCAUCAUAAUGAAGGCAGAACUCCUGUUCUCUCCAGACCCCACCAGUCCAUGGUGUCCCAGGUCUUGAACCCUCCGUACUACCGAAUUGCCAACCCAGGUCCAUUGGGUCUAAUCAGCUUUGCUUUGACCACAUUUGUCUUGGGCCUAUAUCAGUGCGGUGCUGGUCUUCCCGGAUCUAACCCCAUGGCUGGUGUUGGUCCCGACCAAGCCAUCUUUGGUCUGGCUGUUUUCUUUGGUGGCAUCGCUCAGUUCUUUGCCGGUCUCAUGGAGUUCCGUGUUGGCAAUACAUUCGGUACUACUGUCCAUUGCUCUUACGGCGCCUUUUGGCUCUCAUUCGCCAUGUUCUUCGUUCCAUCACUGGGUAUCAAGGACGCAUACAAGGGCGAUGAUCGCGCCUACAGUUUUGCCCUAGGCAUAUUCCUCAUCCUAUGGUGCUUUCUGACGCUCGUUUUCUUCAUCGCUGCGCUGAAGACAAACAUUGCCAUUCUUGUGGUCCUUGGCUUCCUUGUCCUGGCCUUCCUCUUCCUCAGUUUGGCCCAGUUCCUCUCAACAAGCCAUCCAACUGCCGCCAUUCGGAUCAACAAAGUCGGUGGCGCCUUUUCUGUUAUCUGUGCUUUUGCGGCUUUCUAUGCGGGUAGCGCUGGUAUUAUGACCGAGGAUACGACCUGGGUGAAGCUGCCUCUGGGAGAGAUUAAUGUUCGGUCGAUGAAGACCAAUAUGGCCUAGGGUAGGAGGUAGUUAAUUGUCGCCGUACAGUACCUGUCGACAUCCGCUUUCCAGCGGGUUAAUUGAUGAAAUAUGAGAUAAUGCGGUAAGACAUUUCAUUGUACAAAUUUAGCCAGGGCUGAAUUUGCAUUAUUUUAGUAACUCAGUAACUGGAGCUGAACGACUGCCGAAUCAAUGUGCUCUUUCGCGUCCCGUUCAAGGCAACGCGGAUGGAUGAAGAGGGGUACUCCGUGCGAGUGAUUGAGUGAUCGCGAAUAUUAGGAUCAAUACGUCAAAUGAGGC